CAAAUCCGCUGACUUCAGAGCUCUAAAUCUCUGCGACUCUCCAUCUUUUGCACUAUUUUGUCGACAUUAUCCCCGGGUGAUGAUCUACCUUCAUCCGGUGACCGAAGACGACGACGACACGGCGACAACUACAAACUCUCUUCAUAUUUUUCAUUUUCUUCGUUCUGAAGAUUUUUAAUUUUCAAGACGAACUAUUCAGUUUUGAAUGGAGUUUUCGCAAGAGUUAAUAUCGAUAGCGGUCAUUGUUCUCGUCUGUGUGAUUCUCUCAAUCUGUUGUAUCUGUAUUUGGAUGUGCAGAUGUCGUCAAGAUCAAGUUCGAGCCAAUGAGGAGAAGAACGAUCGAGCGACCCAAUUGCAGAAUUUUGAGGAGGGGCAAGCUAAGAACGGCGUGGUUCAAGCAAGCAUUAAACCAGGGAAUCGAUUAAAUAUCAAAGACAUUUCAAAAUCCACGGAUACUGUGAGAUCUCAUCGAGAAGAAUCAUCUAGAAGCCAUGAAACAAUUGGACAGUAUGAAGAACGAAUAACCGGUGUGUCAAAUGCUUCCAAUAAUAAUUCAAGAUCCGGUGCAGCUACUGGAAUUGCACAGAGAUUUAGAGAUGAAGAAGCUGCGAAAAAUAAACGGCUGGACACCAUAUCCGAGAUAGCAAUGUCAAAUGAUUCAUUGCAAAGGAAUGACUCAAAGACAAACGUAUUCAAUAACAUUGAUGGUUCACGAAAAACAAUAUCCCCGAUGGAAGUUGAUCUGAAUCCGGGUUUGAGCAGUUCGAUCAAUUUGGAAAAAAUAUGAUUAUCACUAGCUAUCACCAUGUCUAAAACUAUAUCAUUUUUGAAAUCGAUAUCAUGAUGGAAAAACGGAAGAUCUCUUGUUUCUUGAAAAAUAAAGUUAUUUCCUAAUA